AUGGACUCCGACUUGUGGUAUGCCAUGCUCAAUGACACCCUCUGCUAUGCCAAUCUCUGGGUGUUGGCCUGUAUGAUCGUGGUUGUCUUCGCCUGGCAGUCCUCCGGCCGUCUCUCUGCCCACCUGCGUCGCCUCGCCAGUUUUACCGACCACCGCCAGACCUACCAUCGCGUUCCCAACUUCCAUGUGGCCUGGUUGAAGCGACACCUUUUGGAUGCGCCGCUGCUGCGCUCCCGACAUAACCAGGAAUGGCAGCUGUCCCGCGCCGUCAACAUGGGCACCCUGCCCAGCCGCUUCCAUACCCUGCUCCUGACCGUCAUCGUUGUCAUGAAUAUUGUGCUGUGCACCAACACUGUGCCCUAUGGAUCGAAGGAAUCAACUGUUGCGGCGCUUAUUCGUAACCGAACCGGUUACAUGGCCACCGCCAAUCUGUUCCCCCUACUGGUCAUGGCUGGCCGCAACAACCCCCUGAUCCCGCUUCUGCGCGUUUCGUUCGACACCUGGAAUCUGCUACAUCGGUGGUUGGGCCGCAUUGUCGUGUUGGAGGGGCUGGCCCAUGUCAUUGCCUGGGGAGUGCCAAAAGUGCAAACCUAUGGGUGGUCAACCGCACUCGGCACCUUGUCGAAACCCUUCAUGUUCAAUGGUCUCAUGGGGAUGGUGGCGAUGCUCGUCAUCCUGGUUCAAUCCCCUUCUCCCAUCCGACAUGCCUUCUACGAGACGUUCCUGCAUCUUCACAUUGGGCUGGCCUGUGUGGCUGUGGGAUUUCUCUGGCAUCAUGUCUACCGAUACUCCUGCCGUUACUAUCUUUAUGCCGCCAUCGCCUUCUGGGCGUUUGAACGACUUGCGCGGUUGUUGAUCCUGAUCUACCGCAACUAUGGCUUUGGUCGCCGCACAACCGCCUAUCUGGAGGCGCUGCCCGGCGAUGCCGUCCGCGUCACUCUGCAACUCGCUCGUCCCUGGACCUUCUCGCCGGGCCAGUACUGUUUCGUCUACAUCCCGAAACUCGGGGCCUGGACCUCGCACCCCUUCUCCAUCGCCUGGGGCGAGACCGGCCAGACGUUGCUGGGGUCGUACAGCGAGAAGAUGGCCGAGGUGGAGAUGGGCAAUGACCACGGCCAACCUGGACUGGAGUCUCGCAAGGUCAACACGGUUUCCCUGCUCGUGCGACGUCGGACUGGAUUUACGGACAAGAUGUUUACGGAAGCAUUUGCUUACGCGCGGACCCGCUUGCCCCCGGACACGAUCAGCACUUCGCCGCGGUCAACUACGACGGAUAUCUCCACGGCAGCCAUGCCGGUCACUGCUUUUGUCGAGGGACCCUAUGGCAACCUCCACUCGCUUGACUCCUACGGCACUGUUCUCCUCUUUGCCGGUGGAGUGGGCAUCACACACUGCCUGCCAUUCAUCCGCCAUUUGGUGCAAGGAUACAGCGAGGGCACCGUCGCUGCCCGACGUGUCACUCUCGUAUGGGUCAUUCAAUCUCCAGAGCACCUGGACUGGAUCCGACCGUGGAUGACCACGAUCCUAGGCAUGGAAGGCCGGCGCGACGUGCUGCGGAUCCAGCUGUUCGUGACGCGCCCGAGGAACCCCCGUGAGAUCAGAAGCCCCAGCGCGACCGUGCAGAUGUUCCCGGGCCGGCCAGAUGUGGGCACGCUCGUCCAGAUGGAAAUUGAGAAUCAGGUCGGGGCCAUGGGUGUGAUGGUCUGUGGCAAUGGUGGCCUGAGCGAUGAUGUCCGCCGGGCUUGCCGACAGCGCCAGGGCCGUACCCAGUUGGAUUAUAUUGAGGAGAGCUUUACCUGGUGA